AGUCUCCGCACUGUUCCUCGGAAAUUGCCAGAAUCCUCCGCCGCCGCUGCUGCCGCCGGACCACAGAGUUCGCAACGUAGAGAACCAUCUGGACGGGGAUAGAUCGUACGGAAGUGUCCUGACCACACGGUGGGUUCCAUCGCACUCGACGAUCGCGCACAGCUGUAUUUGUAAUUAAAGAACGAUGAGACGAUUUCUUCCCUAACAUUUUAUUCCCUUGCCGCAUCCCACUUACCGCGGAAAUUACGAUCAACACGUGAUUCGUGCGCAUUUCUUUCCUUUCGAUCGAUCCUUCAGGCAGGAAAGAACAAAAGCAAUUACAUGCCGUCUCCGAUCGUCCGGCCACCUUUAUGCCUUCCGAGUGGGUGACAAGUCCGUGCGCGGAAUACAUUUUUCCUGGCCGACAAUUUGAAACGUAGAUCGCGUAGCUUUUCAAACGACUCGCGCCUCGCCGCCACCCGGUUCGAUCUUUUUCUUACUUUCACUGGCUUACAGUUGCGCCAUAGACCUCUGCUCGCAUCAGCCGAUUUCUUUCCACCGCGGCAAUUAUUCAGUUAGUAUUCCGCGCCCGUCUCGCUGUCAUCGUGCUACGCUUCGCGAUUGUUUUACAGGAGGAACAGCAUGGAUUUCUCUCGUAGUCUGGUAGUCUCGAUUUUUCUCCUCACACUGUUCAACACCGAUACAAAUGUAUUGGCCGCCGAACCCAUCAGUGUUUUCUCAUUCAUUCACGACCUCAUUCAGUAUAAUAUAGCGGGGGUACCGCUCAUCCACGAGGAGACGCAAUGGGAUUUCGAUCCAGAAGUUGGAAAACAGAGAAGAGUGAUAUACGAGCAGGAGAACGGACGUCGCGGCGAGGCAGCGAUCGCGAGGAUCGGUAUGGGAAUCGGAUACAAGGGAGCUUGGGGAACGACCGUCUAAUCGGAUAGACAGUCGAUAAUCUGCAAACAGACACAUUGAAAAAUAACAUAGUUGGAUUGUGAUACGAUCAGACAAUUGUAUUUUAUUACACUAGUCGUGUAGUAAAGAUAGAAUCGAGUCGAAUUUUAUCGAGAAUGUAUACGCGCGUGUAUUGUAUAAAUAAAUGAAUCUUUUCCGUUUUCUGGCACGAUUGAA